CCCAGGCUUUCGUGGAAGUACUUCUGAGUGUGCGUGGUAUCGUGGAGCGCUUACUUCGAAAAAUGUGCUGCCAUGUGUAAUUCCUUGAAAUGACAGAUAUUUGGAGUUAAGUUUAAACCUGAGUAACAAUCCUGCCUCGAGCAUGUCUAUAGCUGUGGGAACUAGCUCUCUUGGUUCUAUGGUAACUCCGGAAGCGCUGGAAAACGCCGCCAAAGAAGUUGAUCGGCAACUAGCUGCAGAUCGACAGUUUCCUGAGCUGUCGGAGCUGAUCAACGCUUCCCAGCAAAUUCAGACAACCUUCAGUGGAAUAAAUGACUUUGAUUAUCCAUCAUUAUCAUCACCAUCUGUUGGCCUGGCUGGUUUGGAGCUGGUCAGUCUGCUUAAAAGAGUUCUCCUCCCAGCAGAGCUGAUGGAACAGUUUAAUUACAUGCAGUGUAAUUGUAUGAUGGGUCUCUUUCCUGAGAUAAGAAGAGCAUGGCUCACCAUUGAUAGUAAUAUUUAUGUUUGGAAUUAUGAAGAUGGGAGUGAUUCUGCUUAUUUUGAUGGAUUGGAUGAAACUAUUUUGUGUGCAGGAUUAGUGAAAGCUAAGCCAGAGAUCUUUAAAGAUGAAGUGAGAUACAUCUUGUGCCUUACAACUCCAGUUGAUAUUGUUCUUCUAGCUGUAACAUUUACAUCAAAGAAGUUAGGAAGCUUUAGCCAUGAUGAGUUUUCAGAGAUGCAUCUUCAUCCCAAUCCAGUGUUUUCUAUCCCUUCUGAUAAUAUUUACAUGACUUGUAUCACUGGAACUCAGUCAGGAAGAAUAUUUAUGGGUGGAAAAGAUGGCUGUGUUUAUGAAGUAGCUUAUCAGGCUGCUGCUGGUUGGUUGCCAUGGAGAAAUUGCCGGAAAAUAAAUCAUUCUUCAGGAACCUUAUCUUUCCUUGUUCCAUCAUUUUUAAGUUCUACUUUCAGUGGUGAAGAUGCCAUUGCACAAUUAGCAGUUGACAAUACAAGAAACACACUUUAUGCACGGUCAGAAAAAGGAACUAUUCAGGUGUUUGAUCUUGGUGCUGAUGGCCAAAGUAUGGACUAUGUUGCAUCAUUAACUCAGGACAAAAUCACACACAAAGCAGAGUCUGCUGCAAGAACCAAUGAUCGCAAUCUUUUUAAACCAAUUGUGCACAUUGCACCUAUAGCAAAGCAUGAAUCAAAAGGUGUUCAUUUGGUUGCAAUCACUCAUGCUGGUGUGCGACUUUACUUUUCCACAACAAAUAUCAGAACACCACUGGAAAGACCAACCAAACUGCAACUUGUUCACAUAAGACUUCCACCAGGUUUUGCACCAUCUGCAACUUCACAGAAGCCUUCAAAAGUACAUGCAGCUUUUUACCGACAAGGAAUCUCACUCAUGGCUGCUUCUCAAACUGAAGAUAUGGAUGUUCUUUGGGGAAUCAGUCCUGAUUCAUUUCCCUUUCAGACACCACUUAAGGAAAUGCAGGUGACAGUGCCUAUGGAUGGACGAACUUGGUCUUUAAGUGAAGUUCCUGAAUUUGGAAAUAACAUGCUUAGUCAUUGUCCCAUUGUCAGAGACCAGUGGAUGGAGCCACCUGCUGUCGUCAGGCAGCAUGCAUCCCCUCGGAGAUCAUAUGUUGCUCUAAGUUCUCAGGGAAGUUAUCUGUUUACAACGUAUCGUCCAGUGGAACAGCUGCAACAGUUAUUGAUACAGAGUCAGGGUUUUGACUCUGACUCUGUACAUGCUUUUUUCAAAUGUUAUAAGGAAGACCAGGCUUGUGCAACAUGUCUUGUUAUAGCUUGCUCAACUCAGACUUCCCAACAACAAAUUGCUGAAUGGGCCACAAGAGCUUUCUUCAAAUAUGGAGAAUCAGUGUCACACCACCCCUCCCAAGCUGGUACACCCAGUAAUCCUGCUGAGCCAAGCAUCACCCAGGGAGGUAGCUAUGUAGCUUCCCCAGGAGUCAGACAAGGAUUCAACAGUCCAGGGGUUGUGACAUCAACACCUCACCCUGGUGGUGUGGGGCAGGCAGUGGUCAGAGCUGAGGUGAUAAGAUCCAGCAAAUAUGAUGGACUGUGCAUGUACUUUGCACGAAUCCUUGAGUUCAAAUGAAACAAUCAAUCCAGAGAAAAACUUUGUGAUAAAUUUCAAGUCACUUGUAGACCGGUCAGUGGAGACUCUCAGUCUGUGGCAAGUUCUUAAUGAACACAACAUUGAAGAUGUCAUACUUCAUCUUGAUACUACAAUAAGGGAUCGUUUAAAGCAUGUCAAAUUUAGAGACCUGGCAACUAAGGGGCAGGAGAUCUGCAGUGCCCUCAUUGCAUCAUUGAUCAACUGUUAUCUGGAUGACGGCACCUCUACAGAUAUUAUCAGUGAGAAGUUGAGGGAGGUCUGUCCACAUUUAUUCAGCAAUGAUGAUGCAGUGUCUUCAAAGGCUGGUGAACUUUUAAUGCUGGCUAAACAAAGUAAAGACAAAGCAGAACAAGAAAGUAUUCUUAAAGAUGCUCUCCGUCGUUAUCGACAAGUGACCCAUCAGAUCAACCUGGAAUUGAUUUGUUCUUUGUUUGAAUCAGUGAGAUUCUAUGAUGGAGUUGUGGAGUUAUCUUUGUAUGCUGCGCUAAAACGAGAUCCCCAGGGAAUGGCUUUACACUUCUACAGGAAUGGAGAGCCACAUGGUGAUAUGCAAGGACGGGAAGCGUUUAUUGCCAGACAACAGUGCUACAAGUGCAUUCUGGACUGUCUCCAACGUCUUCUUGUCAUCAAAACAACUCCUUCUCAAUCACCCGGACUACCCUCACGACCAGGGCCUCCUCCGGCCCCAGACCCCAGUGCUCUGACACCGCAUGAUGCUGAAAAGCAUAUGGAAGAUGUGUUAUCAUCUUCAUUGUCUUACGGGGAUGAAUUAUGGCAUGUUAUUUUGUAUCAAUGGUUGAUUGACAAUGGACUGACUGAAAGGCUGUUGGAGCUGUACGGAGAUUUUGCUGAUGAGUUUGAUCUGUCCGAGUGUAAACUCGCCAUCGUUCACUGUGCUGGACAUUACGACCCAACCUUGAUUGAGACGCUCUGGAGGGACAUCAUAGAAGCCGAGCUCCGUGACUCACUUCAGAAUCCACCUAGUGAUCGCAUGGCAAUUGUCAGUAAAAAGAUUGCUUACUUAGGAAAGGUUUAUGUCCAUUCUGAGCGGUACUUUCCAUUGGGGGCAAUAAUCCUUAUGCUGGAAAAGAAGAGCGCCGAGUUGGUCUGGGACCCAACCUGGGUGUUUAUGACUAUGUUAGAGAUGGGUAUUCCAUUCCCCGUGUUACACGCCAUUUAUGACAAACUGUUCAAAGCCAAGGAUCAGUGUUGGCGAACGCAAGACAAGCCUCUUCACAUCCUUGAAGUUAUAUAUCAUUUAUUUAUGAAAUUUGUAAACACGCCCACCAUUUCCCCCCCUCACGAGAGACGAAAAAUAGCAAUUGCACUGUACGACGCAUGCGCCACGUAUCUGGUGGAACUACAGUCCAGUCUGUCACGUGACCCAAGUGUGCAAAACACGCUGGACAAAUUUCAAGGAUUGCAGAAGUGUCUAAAGCGUCUUUUGCACUGAAUGACGUUAAGUCGACCGGAAAUCGUGCAGAUUUAUUUUUAAAUCUUGGCCAAGUUCUUUCAAACAGCUGUGACAGGGAGUCUUCAAGCCUGUUUCUUGGUAGUAUUUAGGCUUACAAGCUAUUUUUAAAUCAUCAGUAUGUUGUAAAUAAAAGUUUA